CCUUCUCAGAAAUUAAAAAAUAGGAGGUAGUAGCAAACUUCAGAUACAUUAUACAUAAGGCAGUAAGCACUGAAAAAAAGGGCAUUAUCAUUUAUCAAAUCCAUAUAUAAUGUGUUGUUGUUGCUCUGAUGAGGACCGAAAAUGCAGGCCUAUUGGGUUUCUGUUAGGCCUACCUUUUGCCUUCGUUUCUCUCCUAAUCUCUCUUGUGGGUGUCAUUGUUUGGAUCGUUGGGUUGAUUUUGACAUGCAUAUGCCCAUGUUGCCUUUGUGUGACCCUCAUAGUUGAGUUUGCUCUGGCUUUGAUCAAGGCUCCAUUUUCGGUCAUGGAGUGGUUCACCUCUAAGAUUCCAUGUUAGAGAUAUUUGUAUCAUAUGAAGUCUUUGAAGUAGUGGUGAAUAUGAUAGCAAUCCACCGUAUAUUCUUUUGUUAAUUCGUGUAUUCAAUUUUCUUUGAUUAUGGUUUGAUGAAUAUAUAGUGCUCAUCAUGAAACAACUCUUGGUUGUAAAA